AUGUUUGGAAAAGGUUUCUUUGGGGGCCCUGUAGCGGCAACUACAACUGUGCAAGAGGAGACACCACAGCCUGGAACACUCCAGAACCAAGGCAGCUUCCCUCACAUCCGUGAAGUAGUCCAGCGAGUAAAGAAUACCAUCGAAUGGACAACAGAGUGGUCGCAAUCGGAUUCUUGGACAAAGACCUAUGGCAUAAAGAACAAGGUUGUGACAUCCACCGAGAGGCGGCCGCUGGUUGAUACACUCAAGAAUGAAACGGGCGAGUCCUUCGACGAAGUUGACCCAUUUUUCGAAUCCUACCCCUUAUCAAGAUCUGUGGAACGUCAAGCACGCGUGGUCAAAGGCUUCUGUGGUGACACAAAACGGCUUCUAUUACCUGGUGUUACCUCUGAUGGUUCUGAUGAGAUCCAGCCGCAUAAGGGGCAAGCAGCUAGCGCAUGGGUUUCUGAUAGAGACUGGUACCCUCAAGACUCGGAAAAUACUGCAUUGGUCCCUCACAAAUCAUUUGGAAGAGUCCUUGGCGACAAUGAUAUUUGGGCGGUCCUACAAAAGAAGCGGUUCUCAAAGAACGAUGAUGAAGAAAUUGGCCCACCUCGAAGAAUUUAUAUCGACAAACCUGACAAGAAUAGUAUUCUCGCACUUCUUAAGACCACUCCUCCCUCACAGGUAGCAGGAUUUAGAGAACUACUUGCGAACUAUAUCACGGACGCGCCCACGCCUGUCAUGAGCUCAAGAGAGAUUUUUUGGUGGGGUUCAAUGUGUUUCCUGUUCUCCUUCAAUCUCCCGUUCUUUGCAACGAGCACACAAACCGAAAAGGAUAACCGGAUGCUCUGGAAUGGGAAGAUUCCACUUCGACGUCGACAUGACCUGUCUUUUCUACAUCUGGAAGACCACGACAAACAUCGUUACAGAGGCACUGAAUCUUCGUCCUCUAAAAACGAGCUAUUCUUGGUUGAGGGAGUCUGUUCGAUUGUGGUUACUGGCCGAACUGAUCGGUAUUGGACAGCUGCUUGCCUCAACGACGACCUCUCCGAGGAAGACGAUGAGCCCAGGCUAACCAUAGAAGAUGAAGACGACCCAGACAUGGACACAGAGAAAGACCCUAUCAUUCUGAAGGUUUACAACAAGCCAGUGUCACCCCGGGCUUAUGCCCUUGCAGCAUUGGCGACAUCACUAACUAAAAUCGCGGACUACCAUAAAGACAUUCAGCAUCAAUUUGGAACCAGCCUUAACCAUCAUACUCCAACGUCUUGGUAUGGCACUCCCAAGAACAGUUCAUCUCAGCCGAUGCAAGACUGGAGGAAGAGAUACCCUGAAGUCCUGGAGUGGGUGAUUCACUAUAACGCCAGACUAAUUGAAAAGUUGGAGUAUUUCCUGUCACAUCAUCUUAUGAUCACUCCUGAGGGACUGCCUCAGCAUCCACUAUGGCAGAGCGUCCAUAAGGAGGAACGCGUGAUACAAUGCUUAACCGAGCUCAGAGACAUUCUGGACAGUCUGCGUGAUGUGGACAGUGAACUCAGGCGGUUCCUACAGACUUGUGUUGAGGCAAGACGCGAGAGGAAAUUUGAAUAUCAAGAUGAACAAGUUGGCAGGGAAAAGACCCUCCACAAGAUCACGUUCGCUGGAUUCGUCAGUCGUUCCCAAUUUGACUCCUUUGGAACAUGA